CGAAUAGGAGGCGUCACCCUGCGCUUCGCGUCUUAGGGGAGCCCUCAGAGCUUCCAGGAAAGAAAGCUAGUAUUUCUGCGUUGAGGGUCUUUUCUCUCCUCCCGGGUGCAAGAAGCGGGGCGAGGACUCUAGCGAGGUGGCAUCCCGGGAAAGGACGCUGCAGGCCUAAGGGUUGUCUGCGGGCUGCAGUUGCAGCGGAUUUACGGUGCCAUCUAAGCGCCUUGUGGGGCACAGAGGCCGCCCCCAGGCUCCACUGCCCACCGCUUGUGGCCAUCGGGGCCAUGUCCAAAGGCUCAGGUAGGGCUACCACAGGCUCCUCUGCGGGAACCCGGAAGCCCGCCCCCCGGAGUGUCAGCUGUCUUUCGGACUUGGACCAGAGGGUGAUCUCCGAGCUGAGACCCUGCAGGCCCCCCGAGAGGGCGGGGUGUGCUCCGCCACCAACACCGGCUCCAUUAGGAUGCGACCCCUGCUUACGUCCCAUCAUCCAGCGGCGCGCUCGCUCGCUGCCCAGCUCGCCGGAACGCCGCCAGAAGUCCCAGGGCGCGUCCGCUGCUGCGUGCCGGGCAGGCUGCAGCCGGCAGCAUCGUGUGCGCUUCGCCGACGCGCUGGGCCUGGAGCUGGCGCAGGUCAAGGUGUUCAACGUGGGCGAUGACCCAUCUGUGCCGCUGCACGUGCUGUCUCGACUUUCUAUCAACUCGGACCUGUGCUGCAGUACCCAGGACCUGGAAUUCACCCUGCAGUGCCUGGUGCCCGACUUCGCACCGCCCAUCGAGGCCGCCGACUUUGGAGAGCGCUUGGAGCGGCAGCAGGUAUGCCUGGAGCGCGUCACCUGUUCAGACCUGGGCAUCAGCGGCACUGUGCGCGUGCGCAAUGUGGCCUUCGAGAAGCAGGUGGCUGUGCGCUACACGUUCUCUGGCUGGCGCACUGCGCAGGAAACAGUGGCACGGUGGCGUGGGCCUGCGGACGCUGGGGGGACCGAGGACGUCUUUGCCUUUGGCUUCCCGGUGCCGCCAUUCCUGCUUGCUCUCGGCUCACGCGUGCAAUUCGCGCUGCGCUACCGCGUGGCCGGCACCGAAUUCUGGGACAACCACGAUGGCAGCAACUACAGCCUCACUUGCCGCAAUCACCCGCUGCAUAUGCCCCGUGGAGAGUGCGAAGAGAGCUGGAUCCACUUCAUCUGAGCCCUGGUUGGCCUGCUUGUACCUAAACCACCAUGGCUGCAGCCAUCACCCUGCUGGGCUCAGCCCUCUGCUCUGCUCCAUGCACUCCAACACCCCAGCCUAAGUCUUGUGACCUCAUUUCCCGCUGCCAGGUCCUCUGGCAGUGGCCCAUCCUGUCUUCUACUUGAAAUGUCUAUGUCAUGUGGUCUGAAAAGUAGCCUUAGAAAGUCAGUUGUGUUUUGUGCUUUGGGGUAGGGGGUAGGGUGAAGAGGUUCCUUGGGAUUGUGGACCCCCUUUUGAGUCCCAUAUAGGACUUUCGUGGUAUGUCCUGCAUCCUCCUGGUUGGAAGGCCAGUGACUUUUGCAUGUAUCCUGAAUAGGUCUGUAUAAACAUAGCUGUUAUUUAUUAUCAUUGUGAUGUUGGGACUUUAACCCCCUUAGUGGAUGCCUUCUCAGGAACCUUUAAUAAGCUUAAAAAAGUCACAUAUCACAUGUAUUUGUGCCCAUUGCAAACAGAAUGCACAUUAUGACCCCAAACAAAUCCCCGUGGCGGCAUUCCUGCCCUGGGACAAGGAAAACCUGAGAACACAUAUGCUUGCCAGCAGACUUCUGCUAAUGGGAAACUAUUAAUAGGCAAGAAAUAUAUGCCUCAUCACUCAUCACAUAACCAUUCCUGGGAAUUCAGGCUGCUUUGGCUGGGAUGUGUGUCUCCUACAUCAACAACUGGGAAAUGAAAUGGCUGAAAGUGUUUAAGCAAGCAAAACAACCCCCUUCCAGUCUCCUCACUUCAGUGUGCCUCUCUUGUAUGUGCUUGGCAAUUAUGUAUCUACAUGCUACAAAGCCAUUCUGUUUAGAUUUGAAACUACCUGACCCUUUUCAGAAAUUCUGCCUUAAGUGGUUUUAAUUUUCAGGCAACUCUAAGAAUUCAGGCAACAAUAACCUUUGCCAUUACCUUUUUGAUGACUAAGGUGAUUUUUGAUGUCUUCUUAAUUGUCAGAAGAUUCCAGGAGUCAUCUUCCAGAAGUCAUUACCAAGUGGUGCCAGAAGAUGUUUCCAGCAGUAGCAAGAGUACUAGAGGAGAUAUAAUUCACAGAUAUUUAUACCUUUUAAUUGUUUUGUAUUGUAUUUGUAUGUAUCCAGUUUUAUCAACUGUCUGCCAACUUCUAUUCUCAGUGCCUUCAGAUACAAGAGUUCUUAACAGUGUUUGAACUUGAUUGCGAACUUUACAAUGGCAUGUGCUUUUUAAUUAUAUUUUUAUGUAUUUAUUAUUUGAUAGAAUCAUAGAUAAAUUAAUUGGGGAGGAAGGAGUAGAGAGGGAAAGAGAGAGUUACCUGCAGCCUUGCUUCACUACUUGUGAAGCUUUCCCCUUCAGGCGAGGACCAGGGGCUUGAACCUGGAUCCUUUCACAACUAUAAUGUGUGCACUAACCAGCUAUGCCACUGCCUGGCCCCAAACAUGUGCUUUGCUUUAUCUCUACCCCCCAAAUAAACAUUUUGGGGGGAGCUGGGUGGUAAAGCAGCGGGUUAAGUGAACGUGGUGUGAAGCCCAAGGACUGGGUAAGGAUCCCCCCACAUCCCCUCUUUCCACCUGUAGGGGGGUUGCUUCACAAGCAGUGAAGCAGGUCUGCAGGUGUCUACCUUUCUCCCCCCCUCUUUCUUCUCAUCCUCUCUCAAUUUCUCUCUGUCCUGUCCAACAGCAACAACAACAAUAACAAUAAUGGCAACAUCAAGGGCAACAAAAUGGGGAAUAAAUGGCGUUCAGGAGCAGUGGAUUCCUAGUGCAGGCACUGAACCCAUAAUAACCCUGGAGGCAUUUUUUUUCCCCUUCAGAGUGCUGCAAUGACUUAGAGAUCUCAUCAAGUGGACAAUGAAUGUUUUUCAGGGGAAAGGUGGUGAUGCUGAGUGGUAUUCUUUCUGAUGGGUGUUAGCGCUGAGUUGUGAGAACCAGGCCAUCAUAAAAUUUAGUUUGUAAUACUGGUUUAGGAAUUAGCAGACCCCAAUAGGCUCUAAAAUUUUAAUGCAUAUUUAUAUUUUUAACCAAUAUUUAAAAGAUGUGUUUUGCUGUAUAACUAUUUUAAAACAAUUUUAACUUAUGUGUUUUUAAAAUGCUACAAUAGCUAGGAUCAUUACCUUCUGAUAUAGAAAGAUUGAAUUUCAAUGUUAAAUACUGUGAUAAAAUUGAACAGCCUCUGGCCAUUAGCACUGUGCACUACAUUGACAUGCAAGAGAGAGAGAAGCCUGGUUGCAUUUUCUGCUGUUGAACAAAGUGUCCUAAUUAGGUCAGCAAGCCUGUGGGGACCUUAGCUUCUAUGCCCUUGGGGCCACCCAGAGUAUAAGACAAUUGUUCAGAGUAUUCUGUUGUAAGAAUGGGAGCUACCAGAUAUAUUGUAAAGUAAAGGCAUGUAGAGAAUUCAGGUGAAAGUCACUUGCCAAAAAAGUUCAUGGAAUUCAAAGUUAAUGUUGUAUCUUCUAUAUUAAGAGAACCUCAACGUGCCUUGUUAAAAAAGAUCAGCAUUUUGAAAUUUAAAGCGCAAAUAUACCUGCCUAGCUGGUGAAUAGAACUUACAAACUUUCAGUCACUUAAAUAUGGUUAUAUUGCUUAGUUACUAAGAUUUUAUAUUAGACUGUGCAAUUGUUGUUUCCUCAUGUAUACUGCCUGUCAAUUAAAUUGAUUUCACUCAAGCCUGACUAUUAAACUAUAUAUGCAUAAA